AUGGCAUCAACUACGUUUGCACUGGAAGACGCAAUUAAGGCGAUCGCAGAGAAUGGCUUUUAUCACAUACAGGACUCCAUAGUUGGCCGCCGUAUCUUGGACAUGGAGGAGAAUAAACAGCAAUUCUCGACAACAUCUAUGGCAGGCCUGCAAUUCUACCGCGACAACGUACGCAAUAACGAGUGCAUUCGUUCGGUUCUCGAGGAAUCCUUCGAAUGGUGCGCGCUUGGGGAUUACCGGAGAAUCCAAGAGGACCGAGGCCACGUCUUUCAGCUCAGAAGGGGCGGUGCGAAGGCGGACGUCUUCGUUGUCCAGCUGUGGAAAGAUGGUUGCCGAGGAAUCUAUUGGCGUGGAUCCCACAGAAUACCCCGUGAGACGUUGGGGAGUGUUCGCGCCGCAAAUCGCAUGUGGGAAGUCGCGUCCGCAAAAUUAGAACGUGCAGGCUGCGAGCCUGUACUGCUCGACUUCCAAAUCGGCGGAUUAGUCAUUCUAGACGCGCGAGUUGCCUUCGAAACGGAUCACGGAUCUCCGAUCACUUGCUCUUUCGCCCCAUCAUAUCAGCUACGAAGUUGGCCGAAACUCAUCCCUCCCCAGAACGACAACGCGAAUGAAAUGGUGAUGGAACUACAGACUGGUAAAGUGGGAGUAUACUUUGAGACAGAGGGUCAGGAUUAG